GGACGUUGUCCCUGCGCCGCAGAGCAGGCCGCAGCGCAAUGGCUGACGAGGUGAGCACCCUGAUGAAGUCCACGGUCCUAAUGCGGCAGCCCGAGCGGGUGCAGGAGAUCGUCGGCGCACUCCGCAGGGGCGGGGGAGACCGGUUGCAGGUAAUUUCUGAUUUUGACAUGACCUUGAGCAGGUUUGCAUAUAACGGCAAGCGGUGUCCUUCUUCUCACAAUAUUCUGGAUAACAGCAAGAUCAUCAGUGAAGAGUGCCAGAAAGAGCUAAAGGUGCUACUUCACCAUUAUUACCCAAUUGAGAUCGAUCCAAACCGGACCGCCAGAGAGAAGAUACCUCAUAUGGUGGAAUGGUGGACCAAAGCUCAUGAUCUUCUAUGCCAGCAGAAAAUUCAGAAGGUUCAGAUUGCCCAGAUGGUGAGAGAGUCCGAUGCAAUGCUUAGGGAGGGAUACAAGAUGUUCUUUAACAUACUCUACCAUAACAACGUUCCCCUUUUCAUCUUUUCUGCGGGCGUCGGUGAUAUCCUGGAAGAAAUUAUCCGACAGAUGAAAGUUUUCCACCCCAACAUCCAUAUUGUGUCUAACUACAUGGAUUUUGAUGAAAAUGGUUUCCUACAGGGAUUCAAGGGCCAGCUCAUUCACACAUACAACAAGAACAGCUCUGUGUGUGAGAACUCCAGUUACUUCCAGCAGUUUCAGGGCAAAACCAACAUCCUCCUGCUUGGAGACUCCAUGGGAGACCUCACUAUGGCCGACGGGAUUCCAGAUGUGGAGAACAUUCUCAAAAUUGGCUUCCUAAAUGACAAGGUGGAGGAGAGGCGGGAUCGCUACAUGGACUCCUAUGAUAUUGUGCUGGAGAAGGAUGAGACGCUGGAUGUGGUCAACGGGCUGCUGCAGGACAUCCUGCGCCAGGGGGACCGGAUGGAAAUGCAGGGCUCCUGAGCGCACAGGCUGGGGCUGGCCCACGGGCAUGAGGAGGAGGGGGCGCCUCACCUGAGGAGCUCCACUGCGAGCGUUGCUCCUGCCUGUGUGUCCAGAGGGAAAUCCAGGGCAGCCUGUUGCUGCUGGGCCCGUGCCCCUCCUCCCUCCUUUCCGUUAGCACCUUCCAUUGUGUUCACCAGACUUAGGGGUGGACCCACCAGGUGGGAGGGUAGCAGAAGCUUUGGAAAUGAACCGUGAACCUGCAGGAUGUUAGCACUCUACUGCAGAGGCCUAUCUAAGGUAUGGCAUGUAUGGCUUGCGCCACUUGAAGGGGUGGGGUGGGGAGUGGGGGUGGCUCCACUGAGCAGUUUCUAUGAACCUGGUAUGCCCCAAUGUCCUUCCUCGAGCACAGUAGGCACAUGCCCCCUCAAGGGGGCAGAGAGGGGCACUUACCCCAGGCACAAGUCCAAGGGCAUGCCAAACCAGGGAGGGAAUGACAUUCUGAGGUACCACAAAAUAAAAGGGACCCACAGAAACAGCCAGACAAGACGGGGUAAGGCGUCUCUGCUGACGCUAUCAACAUCUGCUCAUCUUGAAAUGGGGAGGGGGGUGCAAUCUAGAGAUUGCCCUAGGGCACUUGUUGUGGGCCUGCAGGGACAAAAUCUCAGUGCUUGCCAUAGGUGCUAUUUUCCGUAAAUAUGUCUCUGUGAGGGAUCAUCUAGUCCAGGAACUUUUGUUUCCUCUGAAAUUUUUAAAUACCGGAACUUGUUCUUCAAACAACUGUUAACAUGUGAAACAAAUCAAAAUAAAAAAAUGAAAAAACAGCUGUUCUGACCCCGGAGGUGUGUGUCUGUGUUGUGGGAGCAGAGCCUGUACCUCUUUGACCCUUGAGGCACAGGAACCUCCAAGAAGCCUCUGAACUCUGCAGAACACAGUUUGAAAACCACCGAUUAGCCCAGGAGACCACCUGAGCACAGCCAGAAUAUAUCUGUGGGGAUUAGGGUGGCCGGGGUGGAGCUGAAAGUUUCUGACCUGCAAUGGUUUGGCUUUAUUCUGGGGAAGCUGCUAAGCUUCAAAUUCAGUCUGGAAUCAGUUGUGUUGAGGCAGCCAAGUCUGUAAUCUUAAAGAGGGGCUGUGACCAGGGACCUGAAGAGAGAGCUCUGUACAGUCUCAUCUUUGUUUUAAAGUAAUUGUUGACCAUUCGGUCUCAUAUAGGUGAUUUUCUUUUUCCUAGAUUUUUCUUUUUCUUUUAUUGUGCUUUAAGUGAAAGUUUACAAAUCAGGUCAGUCUCUCAUACAAAAACUUACACCUUGCUGUGUAACCCUAGCUGCUGUCCCCCUGAUGUAACAACACACUCCUCCUCUCCACCCUGUAUUCCCCAUGUCCCUUCAACCAGCGCCUGUCCCCCUCUGCCUUCUCAUCUCACCUCCAGAGUCUACUUGAGCCAAGAAGCUGGCUCCACCAGUAUCAUUUUCUGUCUUAUGGUCCAGUUCAACCCCUGUCUGAAGAGUUGGCUUCUUUCAGGAAUGGUUCCAGUCUUGGACUAACAGAGGUCCGGAGGCCAUGACCUUUGGGGUCCCUCCAGUCUCAGUCAGACAUUAAGUCUGGUAUUUUUAUGAGAAUUUGAGGUCUGCAUCCCACUGUUCUGCUCCAUCAGGGAUUCUCUGUUGUGUUUCCUGUCAGGGCAGUCAUUGGUAGUAGCCAGGCACCAUCUGAUGGAGUCUCUGGUUUAUGUGGCCCUUUCUGUCUCUUGGGCACAUAUUUACCUUGUGUCUUUGGUGUUCUUCAUUCUUUUUGCUCCAGGUGGGUUGAGACCAAUUGAUGCAUCUUAGAUAGCCGCUUGCUAGCAUUUAAGACCCCAGACUCCAUUCACCAAAGUGGGAUGCAGCAGGUUUUCUUAAUAUAUUUUGUUAUACCAAUUGACAUAUAGGUGAUUUUUUAAAGGAGAACAGUACUUAAGGGUGAUUUUCAUUAUUUUUUGAGCUAGUUUGUAUUUUAUCUUCAAAGUGACCUCAGGGCUUAGUUUCAGUUCAACUUUUUUUUAGGAAUUUGAAGGUCUGGUCUACAUUUUUCUCCCAUUCAAUCAGGGUCCAUCUAUUGUGGCCCUGAUUGGAAUGGUUGGUAGUGGUAGCUGGGCACCAUCUAGUUCUUCUGGUCUCAGGGUAGAUGAAACCGUGGUUCUUGUAGACUGUGUUGUAGAUUCUCUAGGGCAGUUUUUGAAGGAAAAAUUAGAACAAACAGUUCACCUGGCAUUUUCUUAGCCUGGCCUCUUUCAGAGAAAUCCGUACCCCUCAUCUUCUUGUAGAGGAUCCCUGGCUGUUGGAAAGUUGUGUUUGUAGGUCUGUAAGGGGAAGGUGAUAGGAAUGUUAAUGAUACUGAGUGCCUGCUGUGUGCCAGAACACUCUGGGCGCUCUGAGGCCUGCUGUUUCAUUCUCCUAGUGACCCCAUGAGCAGGUGUAGUUCUCAGUUUGCAGGUGGCUCAGAAAGGCUGAGUAACUUGCCCACACUCCACAGCUAGAAUGAAGAUAUGAGCAGGAGUGUUUGUGACCAAAGCCCGGGUUUUUUCUUCUGCCUCAUGCUGCCUCCACACUGGCCAGCAGGCAUUUCACUGCUUCAGUUCAGAGCUGUCCUGUCAGGUUUCUGGGGGGAGGGGGUGGUCACUAUCUGAGGCUGGAUUUGUAACUACUGUCAAGGCCUUGAGGAACUUUCUGGAUGCGUUGGGGUGAGGGAGUGUGACCAUGGGAGCAUUCAUGUCUUGGUGGAUCCUGGGCAAGAAGUCCGUGCUUGUGGGGGCGAUUCAGUGUGAAUCUAGUCCUAUCAUUUUCCCACUCAAGCACCUGCUUCACGUCCACGGGCCAUCCUGUCUGUGGAAGGCUUGGGCCAUCUCCCUUGCACUGGCCAGAAUCCAGCUAGGUAGGUGAAGGUGGAUGGUAAGGCUGGCAGCUGAACUGACUCCUCCCCCAAGACCCUGUGGAGAUUUCAACUCAAUUACCUCUCCUUCUGGCAAGAGGCAGGUUGGGCAGGUGGUAAUCGCCAAUGGCCAGGAGCAGGGAGAGGUGGACAUGUUGUAGUAUUGGAAACCAUCCAUGUGAAAAGGUGUAAUUCAGCCUGUGUGGUUUAAUUUAAUCUUAGAGCUUUGUGUCUUGUGUUUGGGGUCAAGGGCCUUGUCUUUCCCAUUCAACUGCAAGUUUGGGGGACAAGGAUCAUCUCUCCAUGCCUCCCUGCAGGCUCCUCUCCUCUCUGGACACUUAUCUCCUCACCCCUCAUCCCCAGACCUGGGCUCAUUUUCCCCAGUGAGGCCCCCAGGUUAGGCCUGAGGCAGAAAACCUGAGAGAAAAGGCCGAGACCUCAAGGACCCUGCCUCCAGCUGAUGAGGU